AUGGAGUCCACCGAAGCCACCAUCGCGCCGGCAGAUCGCCGUGACGACGCCAACCCCAUUGGUUCCACAACGGCCACUGACGACUCCGCCCGGACGCCCGUGGAGACGAACCCCAGCUCCACCGAGCCCGACUCUAAGCCCGCCGGAGCCGGUCGAUCCGAUCCCGCCAAGCGAACUAGCAAGAAGUCUGCCAGCAAGAAACAUCGCCACGACAAGUCCAAAACCUCCAAGCGGUCCUCCAAUAAGACCCUCGCCGACGCCAGCCUGAGCGAUAAUGAGGACGACAGUGAAAGCUCCGACGCCGUAGAUUCUUCCGAUUCAGAGUCCGAUUAUGGCGAUGAGGUUGAAGCAAAGUCCAGUGUGUCAAAGAAGCACGUCAAGGUGCCCAAGUCCAAGCCAAAGUCCACCAAGAAGGCCAAGUCAAAGCAGGAACCGAGUUCGAACAAGGCAGCCAAAAAGAUUCAGAAGAAGAAGAAGAGGGCCAAGGCGUCGGCUAUCGAUUCUGAUUCCGAUUCUUCCUCUGAUGACGAAUCUGCAGAUUCCUCCGACGAGGAAGUGAGCGAAACCAAAAAGUUGGCUUCUCAACAGGACGGCCUAAAGGAUGAGUUCCAGGCUUUGAGGAUUCAGGUUGCCCAGCUGCAGCAUCAGUUGGCCCAGAAAAACAAUGCCUCACAAUUCGCCCCUGGUGGGUUUGGCUAUCAAUUCUCUUUCCCCAUGGCCCAGCCGCAACCUACCAUCCAAACCCCCCAAAUCCCUUCUCAAGUGACUUCCACUCACGCCCGCAAGCGUGGUGCCCCACCUCCGAGAGGAAAUCCACGACUGCAGAGCAACAACAGCCUGUCGGGUCUGGGAGAAGAGGACAAGGAUUCGCUAGAUGAAUCGAAGACGCCGAAGAAGUCUGGUGUCGACUUCAAACGCGUCGAUUGGGUGUGGGACAACAAAAUCCACAACUACACCCUGCAAGACACGACCGAGUCUACGGGUGACUCUCAGUACAAUGACUUCAUCUUCCAUGUCCGCAGGACCUUUGACUGGGAGGGAAAAUACCGGUCUACGGUGGUAGACAUCAAGAGCAAGCUCCUGCGUGAGUGCCUCCAGGAUAUCAUGGGAGAUGUCACUGGAGUGAGUUUGGUGGACGAGACCCCCAAGGUCGACCCGAACCUUCUAUUCCUGUAUCUGGAAGACAUGCGCGACCAUAGAAAGUUCCUCAAGCAUACUAAGCCUGCUGGAGACAGCAAGCAGGAACGUAAGAAGAACCAGAAGCGGCUUAAUGAAAAGCAAAAACAUCUCAAAGUCCUCCUCAAGUACCUCGACAAAGACUAUGCUGCAACCAAGGAGAGCCUCUACCCCAUGCUGGAAAGUGGUUUGAUCACAUUUGACCUCUUGUGGGCGCUGUGGAAGCCAAACACCAUGGCUUGUAUGACCACGUAUGGCUCUCCGAGUGAGCCCCGUGCCUUCAAGGUCGAAAUGGCCCAACUCCACGCAAGUAUCAUGAAGGGUAACUUUUACUAUGUUGAUGGAAAGUACUUUGAGUACGACGGGAAAAAGUUUGGCUACGGCAACAUCUCAGAGGACAUCCCCGAAUUCCACGGCGCUCGAAAGAUCACCAGCCUCCCAUGCUACCCGCUCAAGUACCAUCAGAAUGAGGAGCAAGUUCGCCAGAGCCUGAUCGAACGUGGCAAGAAGUUUGUGUCUCUCAGCGGUGUUCACUACAAGAGUUAUCAGGGAAUGGCUUUCCUAAAGCGUAAGAAGAACGCGAUUGUCAAGUUCAACGUCGCGCAGAGCAGGAUCAUGGUAGACCCAGCCAUCUUCCGGCGGAUCAACCCCAACUACAGUGUCUCUAUGGUCAAACCCAAGGAUCAUGAUAUUCUUGACGACGACGACGAUGGUUCCGGUUCUGAAGCAGCCUGUUGCUCUUGUGAAUCUUCAGACUCUGAAGGCGGUGAGAAGAUCAAGUAUAUCACCAAGGUCUUCAAGGACCGCAAGGGCGAAAUUCACAUGGCGCGAAUCCCCAAAGAAGAGAUGCCUGAAGGGCCUGAGCAGGACAGUCUCGAUUUGUUACCCAACAGGCAAGGCUCAGUCAAAGAAGACAGGGUCGAUGAGGAGGGCGUCAAGUCGCUACCCGAGUUUACUGAUGAAGAGUACUUGAUGGCGUCUCCUGUAGUCCUUGGGUUUGCCUUCUCAGAGAAGCAAUGGUUGGAGUUUACUGUAUCUGGUGUCAAAGACAUCAGUUGGAACGAAAAGGCUUGGGACUCGCUCGUCCUCGAGGAUGGGACGAAGGACUUGAUCAAAGCGUUGGUCGAGUCUCGCAAGUACCACGCGGCAACCACGAUUGAUGAUGUGAUCCAAGGCAAGGGCAAGGGCCUCGUCACUGUCCUCCAUGGACCUCCGGGCACUGGCAAAACCCUGACAGCCGAGGGUAUCAGCGAGCUUCUCAAGUGUCCCCUGUACAUGGCCUCUGCAGGAGAGUUGGGGACGGACUCCCGAUUCCUUGAGGUAGAGCUUCAAAAGAUCUUGGACAUCUGUCAUGCGUGGGGCGCCAUCCUGUUGCUGGAUGAGGCGGACGUGUUCUUGGAGAAGCGAGAUAUGCACAACAUCCAUCGCAAUGCCCUCGUGAGCAUAUUCCUCCGACAGUUGGAGUACUUCCAGGGCAUCCUGUUCCUGACAACCAACCGCGUCGAGACUUUCGACGAAGCGUUCCAGUCACGAAUCCACAUUGCUCUCCGAUAUGAUAACCUAGAUGCCAAGGCGAAGAGGACAAUCUUUGAAAUGUUCCUCGGCCGAGUCAAGACUCUUGGCAAGAUUGAGGUGAAGCCACUGACGGAAGAUGACCUGGUCCUGCUAUCGAAGCAAGACCUCAACGGUCGAGAGAUCAAGAACGUGGUGGGCUCUGCUCAGGACCUGGCCGUUAACAAGGGCGAGGCAUUGAGUAUGAAGCACAUCAAACAAGUACUGAACGUACACGCCAAAUUUGGGCGGGAUCUGAAAGGCGGGACUGGGUAUGAGGAGGCCAUGAGGAGCUACUUCUAG